CCCCCAUUUAAAUGGAUCCAGAGGUGGAAUCCUUUUGGAAUGUUGGUUAAAGGCAUGCAGAUGUUAUCCCGGCCACUGCUGGUGCUAUCUAUUGCCACAGCAUUGUCUGAUAAUCCAGAGUGCAGCGAUUCCACCACAGAAAGUAGUGAAGUUAAUCAAGGGCAUAUUGAUCCUCAUGAUGUUUCAGAAUUUGUGCAUGAGUUAUCCUCUACACAGUCUACCACCACUUUGAGGGUUGAGGAUGAUCCUCAGCAAAGUGUGCUUCCUGGGAAUUGGCUACCUCGGCUUUAUAAAGAGCUGGAAAAUCGGGGAAUUACUUUGACAGAUAGAAUUAAUGAAGAAGAACUCCAUAGAUUUUAUACUGCCGCAGAUGGGGAUUUUCUACGAUUCUUUCAUCAGUAA